ACCAGUCGUGAACGCUGUCAGUGAGCGUCAGUCUCGAAGGAGUGGUCCUGUUGGUGUCCUCGUUUGCGGGACGCCAGGAUACCCAGGCAUUGUCCUUUGUGAGGAAGAACCAGUGUCCCUUCGACCGCUGGCCGAUCCUCAUCCCACCGGAUCCCGAAGUUAGCCUCGAGAGUUGAUCGAUAAUCAUCGAAAACGGAAACACCGAUCGUGACACUCGUGAGUGAAAAAAGGAACACAGUCCUCAUUGUAUAAGAGAACUGGAUAUCAUUGCGCAACCGAUCGAUUCUAUUAUUCCGAGCUUUGUUCGCCGCUGCAUCGGGUGCUCCGGUUUCUUCGGUUCGGACAGUCGCCGAUCAAAUUCGAACUCGAGGACCAGUCGAACAACUUCUGCGGACCCGGGGAUCCUUGAUCCAGCGAUUCGCCAGGAUAUCGAAGAUACUUAGAGAAGAUCAAGGAAAUUCCGAUCGGGAAGAAGAAAUUGAUGCUCUUCUUACGAAAAUGGAUAUGGAAAAUUCUUUAAUUCAAGGAUCAGAGUCGCCAACAUCGCGGGCCGUUUGAAAGUGCUCAUUGUUUUCUGUGCGGUAACCUGGGAAGCGAUUCGCGUAUAACGAUUUUUGAAUCUGCAAUAAAAUUAGUGACCAGGAUAUAAUAUUUCAUGGAGACACGAGCGAAGACGCUUGGUAAGGAUCGCGGAAAUUCCAACCCAACAGAAGGUACUGACCUUUAUUCUAGAAAAAAUGGCUGUGAAGGAUUCCUCUAGCCAAGGAUUAGAAUUAUUUGCAUCGCUGAGGGUUUACAAAUAGCAUUUCUUACUGUUAGUAAUCUGGGAUCAACCUAGCAGCUCGCGUCUAACCACGAAUCAUCGAAUUCUUCGGAAGAUUCUCUAAUUCCCUGGAAGUCUCCUAAGACUCCACAAAGCGAACGGGCAAAUCAAAGCCGCAGGACACGUGUACGGCGUGAUUCACAGGUAGAACGCGGCCGACAUUUAAACGCGAGGAACGGGGACGGAAGCGGGAAGCGGAGUCCAUCGAUCUUCCGGCUGGAUGGAUGCCAGAUUCGCCGGUUCUCGAAUUUCGCGUUCCCACGGUAAAUCUCUGGUCGGUGAAAAACCGGGAACGCGGGGAAUUCCGACGUGUUUAUCGGCAAACUUAGGCCUGGGUCGCAGUUAGAGCAACGUUAGCCCCGUGAUACUUGAUAAUCGUGCGGUGUAACUCCUAUCCGCGUGCGAAAAGCGCAAAACUCAGCGGAAAGCGGUCGCUAGUGGUGAAUCAUGCCCAAGGUCGACGUGUCGGAUGAAAGUUCGCUUGGGUAUUGUACCGGGGCAACAAUCUCUUUCCACGGUGGACUGUUAAAUGGCUGCUGGUAGCUCGUCCAGUUGAAGGAGUCCUCUAAAACCCGGCUUGAAACGCGUUCUUUGAUAUGAAGGUCAGGAGUUACCCUGGUCGCGCGGUCCUCGAGGACUCGGAGCUGCUCCUGGACCCGGACGCCACUCGGGGCAGGGCAAUGGAGUUGCUGUAUGAGGCUAGCUGGCGCGAAUGUGGCGUCAAUUGGACUAGCAACGGGAGGAGCAAAGCUGCUGCUUCUAGGGACCAGGAAGAGAGAUACAGGCAGCCGUACGCCGAAGUGAUAUCUCAAUUGGAGGGCGUGUUGGAGGGUGGCCGGGUUAGCGGGUUGAACGCCAGAGAAGAGUCCGAGUCGAGAAGGUCGAGCAGCACCGGCACCACCGACAGCGAGUCGUCCGAGGUGAAUCAGAGUGGCAAUAAUCAAGGUGGAUUCCUUAUACCGAGGCCGAGGCUGAUCGUACCGGUUCACACCUACGCCAGGAGACGGCGGACCGGUGCGCCGCCGCCUGUCAGGAGGCGACAGAUGCGCGAAGAGGGUAAGGUCGAGGUGUCGCGGGACGGCAAGUACUUGAGUACUCUCGCGCCGGGAAAGGUACUCGGCGAGCUAGCAAUUCUUUACAACUGCAAAAGGACAGCGACGAUAACAGCGGCCACCGAUUGCCAGCUGUGGGCCAUCGACCGGCAAUGCUUCCAAACUAUUAUGAUGAGAACUGGCCUCUCGAGGCAGGCCGAGUACACGGAUUUCUUAAAGAGCGUUCCUAUCUUCAAAAACUUACCGGAGGAGACGUUAAUCAAAAUUUCGGAUGUCCUGGAAGAGACCUUCUACAACAAUGGCGACUAUAUAAUCAGGCAAGGAGCAAGGGGCGACACGUUCUUCAUUAUAAGCAGAGGUCAGGUGCGCGUUACGAUAAAGCAACCUGACAGUCCAGAAGACAAGUACAUCAGGACGCUAGGCAAAGGUGAUUUCUUCGGUGAAAAGGCUCUGCAAGGAGAUGAUCUCAGAACGGCGAACAUCAUCGCCGACGAUCCGGAAGGAGUGAGUUGCCUCGUGAUAGACCGCGAGACGUUCAAUCAGCUGAUCUCGUCCUUGGACGAAAUUCGUACGAGAUACAGGGACGAGCUCGUGGAAGGAAGAAGGUUGAACGAGGAAUUCAGAGACCUAAGGCUGCAAGACCUCCGGCCGUUGGCCACCUUGGGCGUGGGCGGUUUCGGAAGAGUCGAAUUAGUUCAAAUAGCCGGCGACGGCACGAGAUCCUUCGCCCUGAAGCAAAUGAAGAAGGCGCAGAUCGUCGAGACGCGACAGCAACAGCACAUCAUGUCCGAGAAGAGAAUUAUGGGCGAGGCUGAUUGCGACUUUAUAGUGAAGCUGUUCAAAACGUUCAAAGACAGGAAGUAUCUUUACAUGUUGAUGGAAGCCUGCCUCGGCGGCGAGCUGUGGACAGUGCUGAGAGACAAGGGCCACUUCGACGACGGCACAACGCGAUUUUACACCGCGUGUGUCGUGGAAGCGUUCGACUAUCUCCAUUCUCGAAACAUUAUCUAUAGAGAUCUGAAACCGGAGAAUCUUCUUCUUGAUAGCCAAGGGUACGUUAAACUUGUCGAUUUUGGUUUCGCUAAGCGUUUGGAACACGGAAGGAAAACAUGGACGUUCUGCGGCACACCGGAAUACGUUGCGCCGGAAGUAAUUUUAAACAAAGGACACGACAUUAGCGCAGAUUAUUGGUCCCUUGGUGUUCUUAUGUUCGAACUUCUCACGGGCACACCACCAUUCACUGGCGGCGAUCCAAUGAAAACUUACAACAUUAUUCUGAAAGGAAUAGACGCUAUAGAGUUCCCAAGAUCAAUCACAAGAAAUGCAACUGCAUUAAUUAAAAAGCUUUGCAGGGACAAUCCAGCAGAGCGGCUUGGUUACCAAAAGGGUGGCAUUAGCGAAAUACAGAAACACAAAUGGUUUGAUGGCUUUAACUGGGAAGGCCUAAGAGCAAGGACCCUCGAACCACCAAUCAUGCCACGUGUUCAAGGCGCCACUGAUACAACGAACUUCGACGAAUAUCCGCCAGACUCGGAUCCACCACCACCUGACGAUAUAUCUGGAUGGGACAAUGAUUUCUAGCGAACGUUUCUAUUUAAAGAAAUUUUCUAUUGUCAAGAGAGAAUCAGAAACAAAAAAAAAAAUGUUAUCAUUUCAUGUCCAGAGAAAUGAAA